CUCGAGCUUGCACUCGCUCCUCCAUCCAUCCACACGACCAUUCACUUUCUCAAUCUCCACACGUCGAACAUCCUCGACUACUCUCUCCCCCACGUCGAGCACACCCCCGUUCUCAACGAGGCCAUCUGUCAGCGGCUGAUCCGGCGACUUCCCGUCCCGACUCCGUCGUCGUCCCUCCCACUAGACCACGUCCUCCAUCCCUUUUCCUUGUCCACCAUUGCAUCACCCCCUCACCCCUCCCUCCCCAUCAAAGACCAGCCACAAUGGCAACAGUCGGCGAACUGAGCAAAAAGUUCGCUUCGCAGCUUCAGCAGCUGCAGGCAAUCUUCCCCGAUUGGGAGGAGCAGGACCUCGUCUUUGCUCUCCAAGACUCAAAGGGCAAUGUAGAGGACACUGUUCUCGCCAUCUCUGAAGGCCGCACGACUCAGUUCACCCAAGCCUCGAAGAAGAAGCCUGCCAAGACCGCCGGAUCCAAGGUCCAUGGCGGUCGGAAUGCCGGCGAGCCUUGGGAGGAGUUUUCUGGCGGCGGCCGUGGUGGACGUGGUGGCGGUAGAGGUGGACGCGGUGGCGGUAUAGCACGCGGCAUGGCUGCUGUACGUGGAGCUCGUAUCGGACGCGCCGGAGCGCGCGCUGGUCGCGGCGGCUACGGCAACGUGAACGGCGGUGCCAAGAAGAGCGACGCUCCCAUUGACGCAUGGCCUACUUCAACGGCGACGACUGCCGAUGGCUGGAGCUCCCAGGUUGAGCAGGCUGAAGCUGCUUCUGCGCACGAGGACGACGGAACUGGAUGGGGGGAGCCCCUUCAGCCAGAGACAAAGCCGCAGGAGCCUGUGGCUGCUCCCGAGCCAGUCAAGAGAGGCGCGUGGGGCAAAGAGCUGCCAAAGUCAGCUCAGCCACCUAAGCAGGCCUCCACAGCUCCAGUUGCUGCUUCCGCGUCCCCUGCUACGGCGGCUGCACCUGUGGCCGCACCUGCCGUCGCCCCUUCCGCACCCGCCGCACCCGCCCAGCCCGCGCCCAAGCCCAAGAUGACCUGGGCCCAGAUUGCAAAGCCUAUUGAGAAGCCCAAGCCCGCACCUCCCCCUCCUGCUCCCAAGGCCCCGGAGCCGCAGCCCGAGCCAGAGGUAACACCAGAGGAGCCCGCGAAGAUCGAAGAGGAGGUCGUACAGCCCGAACCCGAGCAGGCCAAGGCAGAGGAGCCAGAGAAGGUCACGGAGGAGACUACAGAGGAGCCCGCCACCCAGCCCGAGCCUGUGGUGCUUGCGCCGGAGGUGCACCCCGAGCCCGAGGCCGCCAAGGAGACUGCAGCAACCGCCGUGCAGGAGCAGUCCUGGGCAUCCGACCCCGCCAUUGUGGGGUCCGCUGCCCCCACUGCCGCCCCAGCUGCCCCUGAGCCAGUUACCACCUACACCGGUCCUCCCGGCUUUAACACUGUCGCGUCCAAGGCCGUUGGGUCCCAGCAGCCCCGAACCUCGUCCCGUGGUGCGCACCGCUUCAAGACCGGCGGCGAGGCCGUCGUCCUUCCUGCGCAGGCGAGCGGCGUUUCUUCCAUGGAGAUUCAGUUCGGCAACCUCAGCUUCGGUGGCCUGAACGGAGACGGCGUUGAGACGCCUGUUCAGGCUGAGGAGCCUCCUGCUGCUCAGUCUCCCGUCGCUCAUACCUCCUCCGCCCCUUCUGCCACCUCUGCCCCGUCCGCUCCCGCAGCUGCCGCUACUCAGCAGGCUGUCCCGGCACAGCAGCCGUCAGCGUGGCAGCAGCAGCAGGCUGCUCCUCCUCAGCCUCCUGCUAGCUACCCCGGUCAGCCCCAGCAGACGUACGACGCGUAUGGCCAGCAGCAGCAGCAGCAGCAGCAGCAGGGUCAGCAGCAGGAGCCUCACCAGCCUGCUCAACAGCAGCAGCAGCAGCAGCCUCAGCAGUCGCAGUACGGCUACCGCCAGGAUGGCUACUACAACCCCAUCGGCUCGCAGGGUCAGCAGGGUCAGCAGACCGAGCAGUCGCAGCAGCACGGGCAACAGCAGCAGCAGCACCAGCAGCAACAGCAGCAGCACCAGCAGCAGCAGCCUCAGCAGCAGUCUUACGACCAGUUCGGCGCUGGCGGUUUCAGCAACCAGUGGCCUGGACAGCAGCAGCCUCAGCACAACGAGUACGGCCACGGCCGCAACUACGACUCGUUCUCGAACGCCGGCUACGGCCGCCCUCCCGCUGCCGAGGAGCCCAAGCAGCAGGCCCCCACCCCCGCUGCUCCUUCGCAGCCUCAGCAGAGCCUGCCGCACCAGCAGAACCAGCAGUACUACUCUGGUAUCGGCGGCAUGGGUUACUACCAGCACCCCUCGGGUCCUUACAACCCAUACUACCAGUACGGUCACACUCACAACCCCGGGUUCCAGCAGUACUACCCCAUGGGCGGGCGCCAACUGUACGGGCAGCCCCCCUCCCACCAGCCCCCCGCGCCCAUCCCUGCGAGCAAGCCAACCCCACCUACGCACUCGCCGUACGGCGCCCCUAACCCUUACCCAUCGUCUGGCUUUGAGGACCAGUCGUAUGGUCUCGGACGCUUCGGUGACUCGAACAAGGCUAGCGGCACCCUCCAGUCUGGACAGAGCCAGCAGACUCCGCAGCCCAUUGGCGCGGGAUCGCUGCCGCAGUCUGGCUACCAGCAGCAAGGUCUGCACAACUUCCUUGGUGGCGGCAUCAACACUCCUACUGGCGCGGCCGGCUCACAGCAGCCCAACCGCCCUCAGGCUGGCACCCCCGAGGACAGCUUCAAGGGCCAGGCCGGUAACCAGCAGACUGGCGCCGGCGCCGCGGCGGGUGCGCGUGCGCAGCCCCAGCAGCCUCAGACCCAGCAGGCCUUUGCGUCGUACCCGUACGGCGCUUAUCAGAGCCACGACUGGUCGCCUUACGGACAGCAGGGCCACUAUGGUGGCUCGCGUAACGGCGGCUACACUGGCUGGCAGCAGUAGUUAUGCGAGAUGACUUGAUGCGCCGCCGCUCUCAGUAUCCCACUCAAUUGCAAUCUCUCCACCGCUGUGUAAACAUCAACAAAUAUGUUCUUCUCGAUCAACCACCGCAUCCCAUCCAUCUCGCUGUUCUCCGUGGAGUGGUCCUACCCUCUCUGCGUUCUCUCGUUUCUCAGAUCAACGAUUUCCACCUGUCACUGUGUAGGCUUGAGUGUGCCGAGGAAGAUGCACUGGUUGAAGCAUCAGCUGUGGGAGGGUCUGUGUGCGUGUCAGUGUAGGAUUUGUGUGUGUGGGUGUGGGUGUGUGUGAGAGUA